AUGGAACAGGUGUACAAGGAGAGAAAGAGGUUCGGCCGCUUCUACUACCGCUUCCCGAAUGGUGAAGCGGGCACUGAUGUCUUCGAUCGCAUCAGCGACUUUUGGUCAAGCCUGCUGCGCUCCAUCGAUGCGUCGCCAGUGGAAAACCUAGUGCUCGUGUCGCAUGGCCUCCUCAUGCGGAUCUUCUGUAUGGUCUACUUCCACUGGACGGUGGAGGAGUUCGAGCAGGUCUGGAACCCUUCGAACUGUGAAGUUUGGGCAUUGGAGAAGGGGCGCGGUCGGGGCAGCUACAACCUUGCUGGCCGCUGGCGGCCCUCACCGAGCGGCGGCUCCUUUCGCGAAAUCCGUUUUGGUGCCAAGAAGAACCAGCCACUCUGGAACCACAUGAAGUUUCGAAGGGGGCCCCGCGUGUUUGUCGUGCCGUCCGCAGACGAAGCGCUUGAUGAUCCGAUGCUUGCAGAGCUGCCGGGGAACCGGCGACAACGAGUCCUCGAUGAGGAGGCCGGGGAAGAAGAAGUGGAGACGCAGGAAUGA